CUGCUGCUGUGCUUUGUCUGUGAUCCUCCCUUCCUUCCCUUCCCCACUCCCGCACUUGAGUUGAUUUGAUUCAAGCAAAGCUGCCUUCGAAAGAACUAUGACGCAGUGAGAUUCCCGUUUUGCUCGUCUCCUCCACCCGAUAAAGCCAGCGGAAAACCAAAAGCAAAAACAUAUCCCAUCUGAUUUCUCUCUCUCUCUCUCUCUCUCUCUCUCUCUCUGCCAGCAGCAACCAGCAAGACGGAGAGAGCUGGGCGCUACGUUCAAAAAAAUCUCAAACAUCAGGAUACGAUCUCUUCUCCCCCAAAUUUCUCAACUUGUCCCUUCUCUCCAUCCACAAAAGCGUUGAACUUCUUCUUCUCCUGACCAAGACAAUCAAGCCCCUGUGUUCUUCUCCUUCGCCAUCCCUUUUGCUUUGCUGGGUAUUGCUUUUGUUUUGACUGGCUUUCGCUUUCCCCUCUCCCUCCUCCUCCUACCCACUUUUCCUUUCGCCCGCAAAUUCAAUUGGGCAAGCGUGAAAAAUCCCACUUUUCCUCUCUUUCGGUUCAACUCACUAAACAUCAUCACUAGGUUUCCCGCCUACAAAAUUUGCGCCCCUCCCUUUCUCUUCUUCCCCCCCAUUCUUCCUGCUGCUUCUUCUGUCAUGGAUUUCUUGAGGUUUCGAUUGUGCUUUUUCCUUCCCCAUUUGUUUUGACUAUCAUGGUCGUCGAGCCUUCAGCUCUGGACACCGGCAAAUAUGGUUGGAGGAGAAACUGGCGGCGGCACUGGGUUCGGUAGGGUCCCAGUCAUUGAUAGCAAAGGGUGUUCCAGGCUUUUCCUUGGAAUGGGAUUCUCUUCCUUUUCUUCUUCCUCCAAUUCCAUGCCUUCAUUCAGAGGUUUGCAAUCCUUCGAUUCAAUGCUUCCUGUUGCCUCCUCUGCUGGCUCUGGAAUGGCUGCUCCCCAAAAUGCUCCGUUCGCCGGUCUCACCAUUUGUGUCACUGGUCUCUCCAAAGAAGCAAGGAAACAAGUUAUGGAGGCCACAGAGAGAUUAGGUGGUCAAUACAGUCCAAAUUUGCACCCCCAGUGUACCCAUUUGAUUGUCCAAAUAUCCUUCAGGCACAGUUAUGGUGGACGCAAGUUUGAGCAUGCUUUGAAACAUGGAUCGCGAAACGGCCUCUUCGUUGUUGCAUUAGGAUGGUUUGUGGACAGUGUCAGGCGCAAUGUUAGGUUGAGUGAGUCACUCUACGCUGUGAAGAAUUUGGGAGACAAUGGAGUGCGAUUAGAUGAUUUAAACCGGCUCGUUGGUUUCACUGAUGCUGAAAAUUCAUGUUUUCCUGAUGGUGUUAGCAACAGCAAACAAUUUGACAUGACUGAGAGACCAGCACAUAAGCAUGCUCCUCGGAAAGCUUCUAGCUGCAGUAAUGAUCUGAUUUUCUCUGGUAAUGCCAUGUUUGUCGAUCCAGAUGUUUCAAAUGAUCUCAAGAUUAAGGUCCGAGAGGCUGCGAGCCAAGAGGGUGCCACAUUCUUAGAUCGAUGGUUUGUUGGUUGCGGUGCGAGCCAUAUUGUGUGUGAAGAAGCUUCUGUGCAGAGAUACCUCGGCCACACUAACAAUCUUGUUACACCGCUGUGGGUUUUGAAAACUGUAAAGGAGAAACAAGUGCAGAGGCUUGUUCACAUCUCUGCUGAUUUGGCCAGGCAGGUUGCUACAACGCUUGAAAAUUUUCCACAUGGCAUUGCUGGCAAGGAAGGUUACAAGGAAAAUAUUCCUCAACGUGAUAGCGAGGCUUCUCUAGGUAAAGUCAGAGAUGCAGAGAGGCAAAGGGUAGUGGAAGUUGCUAAGCAAUGGGUUAGAAAUCGGCGUGGUCGUCGCAUGCAGACAUGCCAAACACCACUUCGUCCAAUAACUCCAAGCAGUCUACUGGAUUCAAUUUGCUGGUCGGUAUCUGAGCCAGCUUCAACUGCUUCUAUUUACACAGACUGUGUUAGCAGCGUGGAUGUCAGCGAAGAAAAUCAGACCUCUGUGUUCUAUGAUGCAAAAGGUGAUGGCAAGGAGGACUCGGAUCAGCUGGUGGCUUCAUUUGCAAACCUAACCAGGCCCCUCACAGAAAGUGAGAAAACUGAACUUGUCUUCCGCAACCAUUUCCUCACUAUCCUAUUUCCAGUCGACCGGUUUUCUGAGAUGGGACCUACUUCGAAAACCUUUUUCUGUGACGGUGGUUUUACUUGUUUACAGGUUUUGGAUCACAUCUAUGCAUUUUACCAGGAGAAUAUGUCAGUUGCAGAAAUAGAGGUUGCAAUUCACACAGACUCGAGACAUGGUGAUCGGCUUCGAUCUGCCUACUGCAGUAAAGAAGCAGCAGAGCUUGGAUAUGCGAAGUUUAAACGUAUCGACUUCUUAGGGAGUCGCCGGAGUUUUGAGAUGUUGAAACGGGUUACUGGGGACAACAGUAGUAAUAAUGUAUAUGAGCUUUUGAUUAGGGCGUAACAAGCUACCAGGCUCCUAUCCUUUAUUACUAUUUCCCCCCUUUCUGGCAACAAAACUGCCUAGCUUAUCUCUCUGGGCUUCUCCAUUUUUCUUCAGCUAGCAUUAUACAAAACCGAGGCCAGCUUGUCUUCUGAAAAAUAAACAA